UGCGCAUGCGCCGCGGGCCCUUUUCGUCUGAGGGCAAUGGCGGGAAAGGAGGCGGCGGCGGCGGCUUCUUCGCCUCUCCGGAGCGGCGCUGCUCUCCGCGCGGAGCCCGGCCUGGCGUCGGAGGAGAAGGCGGGAGCCCGGCCCAAGCAGAGAGGGGCAAGAAUCGUGCCCUCACGAUACCUGGACUAUCAAAAAGGAUCCGGAAAGGCUGCUGCCAAAGCCACAGCUGACCCUCAUGAGGUUUUGCAGUCCACUCUGGUGGAGAGCCACGGAAGAGCCCGGCCUGAACUGGAGGUCUCUGUCAUCAAAAGCAAAAGCUGCCCCAGAGCAUCGAGUUCGAAACACCACCUAAAACCCACCCCCCGAGAAAAACAGAGCCUGGUCUCUCCUGAUUCUGACGACCUGAUUCGGAUGCUGGAAUCGGAGACACUUCUGUUGAGCUAUGCCUCCCUAAAGAUGGAGAAGAAUACCGCCUUCCUGGAAGGGCGAUCUGAGAGGAGCUUGCUAACCCUCAGCAGGGAGGCUGCGAGGCUGCAGGCGGAGGCCCAGAAGAAGCGGCGCAGGCUGCAGCGCCUAAGGAAGGACCGCCAGCUCUCCGAGUCGCUGGGCAAACAGCUCGAAGCUCUUGCUCCCGUUUUUGAGCAGAGCCCGGCAUUCGAAGAGGAAUACAGGCACUUUGCCACCGCCCUGGACACGGCGAGACACGAGCUGCCGGUGAACGAGAUCUACCUGGGCGAGGACAAGAGCCAGUAUCUAGACGACUUGCAGAGGGCCUUGGCCGCCACCCAGGAAGCUCUGCGCAGAGCCCUGCCGGAGCACGCCAAGGAGAACGCCAAGGGCCUGAGCGCCACGAAGGAGCUGGAGGAGACGUCCUUGGAGGUGGCUGCCGAGCUGCCAAGGACCUUCGCGCACGGACUGGACUUGUCGGCCGACGUUGGCAAAGAGGCCUCCCUGCGCUGCCAGAAGGUCUUUGAAGACGCCCAAGGGGUCGAGAGGAUACAGCAGCUCUACUUUGGCUAGGCCCAGAACCCCAGGCUGGCCCCCCUCCAGGCCUCCCGUCCCGAAUCCGGCAGCCGAAGCCGCCCUCUCUGCCAAGCUGCUCAAAUUUUUGUAUUGAAUGGAAUUUUUGUAUUAAAGCACUGCACUCUUUCACUGCAAA